AUGCCUUCAGUCGAUGAGGCAGCCGAUGCUGGCAUCGAUGUCCAGCCCAGCCCAGCCGCCGAUGUCCCCGAGCCGGCCAGCCAGUCUCCGGAACAACGUAACGGAGCUGCAUUUGUCCUCGACGACAACCUUGAAACGAUAUGGAGCUGGAACGAGGUUGUACCGCCCCGCAUAUCAACUUGCAUGCACGACCUUUUCUGCGAAAUCGCCGAGACGCAACCCGACGCCGUGGCGGUCCAGUCCUGGGAUGGAAGUCUCACGUACAAGGAGCUUGACAAGCUAUCAUCCAAGCUUGCGCGACAGCUGAGACAAAGGGGUGUUGACAUUGGGACUCGAGUGCCGUUAUGCUUCGAAAAGUCCAUGUGGGCAGUCGUGUCGCUGCUCGGCGUCAUGAAAGCAGGCGCGACGUUCUCCCUGACUGAUCCCAGUCAGCCAGAAGCCAGACUCCAAACGAUCGUUGAGCAAACAGACGCUCAGCUUGUCGUAACCUCGGUGCUCCAGAGCGAGCUCGGAAGAAGGAUAUGUGGAAGGGGUCAGGUUUUGGCGGUUUCGCAGGACUAUUUCGACCAUAGCCCCGACUUUCAAGACGAAUCGCUCCCGCAGGUGCCCGCAGCAACGCCCAUGUACAUCAUCUUUACGUCCGGGAGCACGGGCAAACCGAAGGGUGUCGUCAUCUCCCACGAGAACUACACAAGCGGCGCCAUCCCCCGCGCUGAGGCUGUGGGCUACAAGAGCAGCUCCCGCGUCUUUGACUUUCCAUCUUACGCCUUCGACGUAAGCAUCGACUGCAUGCUAUGCACACUGGCGACUGGCGGUAGGAUCUGCGUCCCUUCGGAAUCGGAUAGGAUGAACGACUUGAGCGGCGCGAUACGAAAGAGCCAGGCCAACAUGGUACACAUGACUCCGUCAGUCGCCAGAGUCCUGGACUCGGACAUUAUACCCUCCCUAGAGGUCCUGGGUCUAGGAGGAGAAGCAGUAUCGGCGAGCGAUGCUGCCGCUUGGGGGAAAACAACCAGCCUGGUCAUCGCGUAUGGUCCGUCGGAGUGUACGGUUGGCUGCACCAUCAACAACACGGUUGGCGUUUCAACUGGUAUUGGCAAGGGCGUCGGCGGAUCAACCUGGAUUACAGAUCCCGAUAACCACGAUAUCCUCAUGCCCGUUGGAGAGGUCGGCGAGCUCCUGGUCGAAGGGCCAGUGGUGGGAGUGGGCUACUUGGGAGAACCAGAGAAGACGUCAGAAGUCUUUAUUGAGGACCCAGCCUGGUUGACUCGUGGCUACGGCUCGUUCCCGGGCCGUCGGGGCCGCCUCUACAAGACGGGUGACUUGGUCCGCUAUGAGGCUAACAGGCUGGGAUCCAUAGAGUUUGUUGGAAGGAAGGAUCAGCAAGUGAAGCUCCGAGGGCAGCGAGUUGAACUAACCGAAGUCGAGCAUCACCUACAAAGCUGCCUUCCUGCCGGAGUCAAGGUCACCGCAGAGGUCAUCAAGCCCGAGAAUGGCUCCCCAACUUUAGUCGCUUUCCUAUCUGAACCUUCAACAUCCAUCACUGGGUCAUCAGGCGAUUUGUUGACAGAGCCGUCGCCGGACCUGGCAGCUGCGCUGGCCACCAUCGAUGCUGCAAUGGGCGCGCGAGUUCCGAGAUACAUGGUUCCGGCAGUGUUCGUUACUCUCAACACCAUGCCGUCUUUGGUCUCUGGAAAGACAGAUCGCAAGAAACUGCGGGAGAUUGGUGUGGCUUUGCCACGAGAACGGCUUGCCGGUGCUGGUGCUGGAGAGAGCCUAGAAGAGGAUCCUCACACAGAGCAAGAAAGGCUGCUCCAGGGAGCUUGGUACAAAGUCCUCGGCCAAGACACAAGGGUUUACCGAAACAGUAACUUUUUCGCCGUGGGAGGUGACUCGCUGCGAGCUAUGAGGCUCGUCGCAGCUGCUCGAGACGAAGGCCUGUCCAUCACUGUCGCAGACAUCUUCACAAAUCCUUCUUUGGACAUGAUGGCGGCCCGCAGCAAAAACACCUCGGCCGCUUCUGAGGAUCACGUUCCUCCGUUCUCGAUGCUGGAGCCAGACUGGGAUGUCAUUCAGGCCAAACAGGAGGUGGCCAGUCUCUGUCAAGUCGACCAAGAUUUGGUCGAUGACAUCUACUCCUGCACGCCUUUGCAGGAGGCAUUGAUGGCUCUGUCAGCCAAAGUGAAAGAAGCCUACGUCGCGCAGAGAGUUGUGAAGCUGGCAGAUGCUGCGACGGCAGACAGAUUGAUCGCGGCAUUCGAUACAGCCCAGCAGAAUUGCCCAAUUCUCCGCACACGGAUUGUCCAAGUGCGUGGUCGAGGGCUCGUCCAAGCAGUCAUCAAAGGGAAGCUUGAUUGCUACUAUGGAUCCAACUUGACCGAGUAUCUAGUCUCGGAUCGUGACAACGAUAUGGACCUCGGAAAGCCGCUUGUUCGCUAUGCUGUCAUUAACGACAGUGUCACAGGUAACGUCAGUUUCGUGUUGACGAUGCACCACGCAUUGUACGACGGAUGGGCAAUGCCGCUGGUCGUCGAGCGCGUGAACAAGGCGUACCAGAACGAGACUCUGCAUCGCCCGGCCGACUUCAAGCAUUUCAUCAAAUACCUCAGCAGCGUCGACAGGGCGGAUUCGGAGUCCUACUGGCGCGAACAGCUUGAGGGCGCCAACGGCCCGCAGUUCCCAGCACUUCCAUUUCAGGGGUACCAGACAAAGGCCGAUUCUCUGCUCGAAGUUUAUGUGCCUUUGGAAAAUCUCCCAGCUUCCAACGCCACCGUUGCCACCGUGAUCCGGGCGGCGUGGGCCCUGGUCGUCUCUCAGUAUAUCAACAGCGACGAUGUCAUUUUUGGAGAGACGCUGACCGGACGCAAUGCUCCCAUUAUUGGAGCCGAGGAGAUUGAAGGGCCCAUGAUUACGACUGUUCCUGUUCGCGUUCAAGCGGACAAGGAGAUACCCGUGGCGGAAUACCUUCAGUCCAUUCAGGAGCAGACCGUCGCUCAGAUACCGCACGAGCACUUUGGGUUGCAGUACAUCCGCAGACUCAGCCCUGACGCCCUGGAAGCGUGUGAGCUACGAACAGGGCUAGUCUUGCAUCCCAGCUCGGAGGGAGAGCCGUCCCAGGAUGCGGAUCUCCCUGCGAACAGACUGGUCCCCGCUGGCGACGCUGAGGCAGCGCAAGAGGCUCUCAAAUUCAACACUUAUGCGCUGAUGCUGGUUUGCUCCAUCGACCCUAAAGGUUUCCUAGUCAUGGCCAGCUUUGACUCCAACACAGUAACGUCACCGCUUAUGGAGAAGGUUCUGAGCCAAUUCAAGACGGUCGUCCAGGCACUCUGUUCCGAGCCAAGUAGGCGACUUGGUGCCGUUUGGAGCCUCACCGAUGACGACUAUUCCGAGAUCAAGUCUCAAGUUGCCGCCACCACGGACACCGCCGUAUUUGGCCAAUAUCCCGGAGCACUGGCAGCGUAUCUUGUCAACUCGCAGGCUCAAGAUCAACUCGUGCCAGUGGGCGGCGUGGGAGAGCUGAUUGUGCAGAGCACGUCCGAGCUCGACCUUCCCAUUCUUUCAGAUCCGUCCUGGACGGGCAAGGUUGGGGCCAACCCAGCCGAAGGGAAGUUCUAUAAGACGAGCAAGCUUGCCAAAUAUAGCGAUGGUCAGCUCCAACUCGUCAAGGUUCACGUUUCGAGUGUCAGCGGCCUCAACUCCAGCCAACAGCCCGUGAAGCGGGUAUCAGCGACGUCUCGCCGUCAAAAGAAGCUGAGAAGCCUCUGGAGCCGGGUACUACGCAUCAGCGAGGAGGAGAUUGGCCUCAACGACAACUUCUUCCUCCUGGGCGGCGACUCCAUCACGGCCAUGAAGCUGGUGUCUGAGGCACGCUCAGAGGGCAUCAAGCUCACCGUCAUGCAAAUGUUUCAAAAGCGGUCUCUAUACGACAUGGCAAGCAUCAUGGAGGAAGACGUCGCUUCAACCCAGGUAACUGAGGAUGUUGCUCCGUUCUCCCUGCUGGAUGUUCCAGAUGUCGCAGAGUUCGUGGAAACUGUGGUCAGGCCGCAGCUGGCAGACCAAAGUUGGCAGGUGUCCAAUGUCCUGCCGACCCGACCCCUUCAGCAGGUUGCUGUCAAGGGUACCACGCAAAUGCCCAAGUUCUCUACGCGUUACGAGCUCAUGUACUUUGAUGCCGCUGUUGACAGGGCUCGUCUCGCAAAGGCAUGCAAUGAGCUCGUGUCGCGGAAUGAAAUUCUCAGAACGGCUUUCGUUGAGCAUGCCGGACAGGGGUACGGCGUGGUCAUCGAGGACAUGCGUUGCCCUUUCGUCGAGUAUGCUACUGAUGUUGACGUUGAGGCGUUCUCGAAGCAGCUUUGCCAGCUCGACGUCUUGACCAGCAUACCGCUCGGCUCGUGCUUUGUCAAGUGGUUCCUCGUCGAGUCGGUUGCCGGGCAGUCCUGCCUCAUCUUCCGAAUCUCGCAUGCGCAAUACGACGAGAUCUGCCUACCUAUUCUCUUGAAGCAGCUCUCGGCGUUGUACGAGAACGCACCCGUCCCAGCGUCGAUUCCGUUCUCGUCAUACGUGGGCCACGUUGUAAGCCGCAGCGUUCCCGCAAGUAUUCCGUACUGGCGCGAUCUCCUCGCCGGCUCGGCCAUGACCAUCCUCAAGCCCGACGUCCGCGUGGAAAAGACGAACCACUUUGCCGUUGAAAAGUCGGUCGACAUCUCGUCCCGGCCCCGCGACGUCACCGUUGCGACGCUCCCUACGGCGGCGUGGGCUCUGUGCCUCGCCCGGCGCCUGGGUUUGAAAGACGUGGUCUUCGGCGAGGUCGUCAGCGGGCGCAACAUCGACUUCCCCAACGCCGACGCCGUCACCGGGCCGUGCUGGCAGUAUGUCCCCGUGCGCGUGCGCUUCGAGCCCAGCUGGACCGUCGCCGACCUCCUGGCGCACAUCCAGCACCAGCACGUCGCGUCCUCGGCGCACGAAGGCGUCGGCCUCAGCGAGAUCAUGGCCCAGUGCACCGACUGGGACCCGUCCACGACGCCCGACUGGUUCGACUCGGUCGUACACCAGGACGUCGCCCACGUCGAGACCCUGCCGUUCGCCGCCGCCAGCGGCCGCAUGGAGACGGUGUACCCGCACGAGGAGCCCCUCCGCGAGUGGAAGAUCCAGGCCUUUAUCGACGGCGGCAGCAUGACGCUCGAGAUUGUCACGGUCGAGAGCUGGGCCGAGUACGCGAGGGGCCUCCUCGACGAGCUUGCCGAUGUGGCGGCCUUUUUGGUUGGGGAGCCGCAGGGAGCCUUGUUCUAG